AUGUCUCUCAUUCGUAUCGCCGGUGCUGCCGCUCUUGUUUUGUCCUUUGGACUUCUGAUCCAUGCUAUGCCGGUACCUCAAUCAAUUGAGGACCUCCACAUCAAAGUAUGUGUUGGUGUGAACGUGGUUGUACAUGCCUUGCACAAGAUGGUUGUGGAUGGCGACCUCGAAUCCAAAAUCAAGGCCAUGGCACACGCCAACACCGCGGCUGAGCUCAAAGCUUGUGUGGCCGUGCUCGUCCGCUUGCUUGCAGCAUGUACCUCCGAUCUGGUCAAGAUUGGAGCUAAUGUAUCGAUCAAUGCUGACGAAAGGGCCAGCAUCGUUGGUUGCAUUGCCAGUACUAUUGUUCUCUUGGUCAGGGUGUGCGCCCAUGUAUCGGUUAAGCUUGGUAUCAACGCGGUUGCGACCGUCUUUGCGGAUCUUGAUGUUCAUGUCCGCGAUUUGCUCGUCAACCUCAACAUUUGCGUCGGUGGUAUCCUCGAGUUGAUCGUCAAGGCAUGCGUGUCUCUUACCGUUGGAUUUAUUGAUUCAGUCAAGUUGCAUCUCAUUGCCAAGGUUUGCGCGCAGGCUGGUCUUCAGUACUAA